CUCUUCAUCUUCGGAGCAAGAUUUAAAAGAAUUUGGUCUUGAAAGUAAUUAUUUUGAAGAAUAUCCUUGGAUUGGAGAACCAGAACAAAGAGUUGGUGAAAAUACUCCUGAUGAUAAUGAUCCAUAUUUUAACAAACUAGGAGGAAAUCCUGCUUGGAUCUCGGAGAGUGAACUUGAUAUUAUGGAAUUGAAGGGAAGAAGUGAUAAGGAUAUCGCAAACCUUGUUCCACAACUUCCAAAAUUAAAGUGUGGGAUUUGUUCAUCUAAAUUAUUCCUGGUCACCCAAUGCUAUGUUCCUAUUGCUGGCUAUGAUCGUUUUUUAUAUGUGUUUGGUUGUAAUAAUGCAAGUUGUAGUGAAAAGAGCAAUGCAUGGACCUGUUUAAGAACACAAUUCAAAGUAGAUGAAAAGAGGGUCGAAAAGCAAAAAAACAAGCCAAAAGAUCAAGUUAAAUUAGAAGUUAAUACCGAACAAGUUACGGAUUGGAAUCAAACAGUUGAUGACAAGGAGUUAGAUAAUUUACUUGCAAAUCAAGCUUCUUCUUUGCAAAAAGUAACCAAAAAGGAAACUACUAAGAAAAAGAAGAAGAAGGUUUCUUUGGCAGUUUCAGAAGGAAAUUUACCAUGUUUUGCUUUGGAUAUUUAUGAGGAACCAGAAGAUGAAGAAUUUCCAGAGGAUUCCCAAGAAAUGAAAUUAUUAAAGGAAUUGAAAAAUGAAGAAGUGAACGAAGGUGUUGAAGCUGAGGCAUUUGCAAAGAAAUUUAUGAGCGAAAAGAUUCAAGGAAUUAAUUUCAAGGAAACCGAAGAAGGUGAUAAAGUAGAAGGAGAGCAUAGUGAAGAAACAGAUGAUGAAACACAUGCUGAAACAAACCAAGGAGUUGAAAUUCCUGAGUCUCAAAAGAUUAGUCUUGCUUUUGUACACUUUCAAACUAUUCUUGCAAAAUGCCCUAACCAGUCAAUAAGAUGGCAAUACGGUGGUAAACCAUUAUGGGUUUCUGAUGCACCUACAGAUCUACUUUCAAAAUAUGUACAGAUUAAGAAAAAACUAAUGGAAGAAAAGGCACAAAGAGUAGCUUUAAAAGAUUCUGAACACAGUGAUGAUGAGGACGAAUUGGAUCACGAACAUGAUUUAGAGCCAAAUCCUUCAGAUUACAUUCCAAAAUGUGACAAGUGUGGCGCUCCUAGAGUUUUUGAACUUGAGAUUUUACCUACUCUAAUUUAUCAAUUACAGGUAGAUAAAUACGUAAAGAAGGGUGUGGAGGAAGGAAUGCAAUUCGGUUGUGUAUGCAUUUUUACUUGUAGUAAUCCUGGAUGUGAUGGUUAUUCAGAACAGGAGAGAAAGCAGUUAACCCCUAAUGUCACUCCAAAGCUAAAAUACUCCAAGGAAUAUAUUUUUGUACAACCAGGUCAAUAAACUUUUUUAUUUUCUCUU